CUUAAAUAAGCAGGUCCAGUCGUAGUCUUUGGCAAUGAGCACCUAGAAGUUUCAUCUGGGCCACGCUCUACGUUUUUCUUCUCUUUUCAUCCGCAUGAAGCAUGUCUUCUUUCAAGUCACAACGCAAAACAUGGUCGUGCGAUUCGGCAAGCCCGACGACUACCAUCUCUAGUCAUGGGGUGAAUAUCGGAAGGCUCUCUGUGAAACGGGAUUCGGCGAGAAACACCAGCAUAGCUUCCUCCACGUCCGACAGCUUCCAAUCUAGAGCAAGCUACCUGGGAGAGGACUGGAUGGAAGUUCCACCCAUCGAGGACACGGACGAUAACCAGGUUCACGAGGGAAGUAACACCCUGAUUAGUGACCUUGAAGAAGACAUUGAGAUCAUUGAGGACCGAGGCGAGAGCCUAAGAGCGGUUCAGCUACUGUUGGAAAGCCAUGCACCGGAAUUCAAAAACAGCGAGCAUGAAGAGUUGAGGGCGGCCCUCCUGAGUGCUCGUGUAAAGUCAUAUGAGGGGCAGAACUUUAUACCGACGCCAACCGUAGAAAGGUUACUGACUGCAGAAAGUGUGAGGUGGGAACUAGGUAGGAGUCUGCCGGACAACACAAGCCAGGAACUAGACGGCAUUUCGCGGAAAAUUUGUCUUCGGUCAGGUACAGAUGGCGAAUCUCACCAGCCGGGUUUCCUCCGAGUGUUUGCUACACUGAUCCUGAUGAACCGUCCCGCCGACAUUCGAAGAUUUAUGCAAUCCGGUAUCUCAGAUGACGACCUUCCUCUUUCCGAGAGCCAGCUUCGGCAAGCCCUGGAUGGCGAGAACUCGUCUGAUAAAGUGCCUGCCGUUGUUGAUUGGAGUUCGAAACUCAUAGAGGAAUUCCAGUCCCUACAAUGGGAGCUUUGUGCGCCUUUUUUCUCAGGGCCGAACAUCGCGUCCAAGGUUCACUUUUACCGGCUCGACAAGAAUGCCAUUCUUCCAUUUACUACCGAGGAAUUGGGUGAUUCUGCACAAGAAACGGUGGGGGGAUACGGCGUGGUGCACAAAGUAAAGAUCCAUAACGGGCAUCACGGCUUUUCAGGUGAAUCUGUUUGGAAAGCCAAGACUGAUUCAUUACAGGCGUCAACCAGGAGCUUUGCGGUGAAGAAGCUCCGAAAUAGCGAUGAACGUUACUUCGCCGAAGAGUUGAAAGCCCUUCUGAGGUGCUCGAACGGAAGUCGUGGUCAUCUUGUAACUCCCCUGGCCGCUUUUCAGCGGGGCGAGACCUACAAUAUCAUCUUCGAAUGGGCAGAUGGAGGAGACCUACGGCAAUAUUGGAGAGCGAACCAAUCUCCUCGCCAGUUCACCCCAGGAUUCGUCCAUUGGGUAGCCGAGCAAUGUCUAGGCAUAGCCACAGCGUUGGGAGAGAUUCACACCAAUACUCUUGCGAAGUCCGGCACACGGAAGUCGUCGAGAUCAACAAUUGAUUACGGACGACAUGGAGAUCUCAAGCCCGAAAACGUGCUCUGGUUCCAUCAACCCGGCAGUCGCGGAACCCUAUCAAUAGCCGAUUUUGGUCUGACCACGUUCGGUCGAUCUGCAGGGGCCCAGCAUAGAGAUAAGAGACAUACACCAACGUACCGGGCCCCGGAGUACGAUCUUAACAGAGGUGUCACCACUCAGGCAUAUGACAUAUGGUCUCUGGGGUGUGUGUUUCUCGAAUUUACAACAUGGCUCCUGAUCGGGUCCAACGGUGAUGCCAGGUUCAGCAGAGCCCGAACCACAAAAGGGAUCGGGGACCUCCCUGAUGAUGGCUACUUUGUUAUCAAGCGAGACGAGGCAGCUGGCAGUUUAAGGGCUGAAAUCAAGCCUUCCGUUUCACAACCAUUGGUGCAGUGGAUAGACGAAUUGCGACAGCACCCGAACUGCAUAACCUUCUUGCAGCGCAUGCUAGAUAUAAUAGAAACCAGAAUGUUGCUGGUAGAUGUUGAAGAACGUAUCAAAGCUUUAGACUGUGCUUCUGCUCUUGCUGAAGCAGCAUUGCUUAUAGAACCCGACAGCCCGAAUCAACUCGAAAGUCGGGUCUCCAGCAGUGUAGUAGCAAGAGAGUCAUGUUAUGAGAUACAGGAUGAGGAUACAAGAUUAGCGACUCCACUUCCUCGGGAGAAUGGCAUCCGAAAUCUGAGGUUGGAGCUUCUCGAUACGACGUCUCACAGGAUAUCAACCUUUGAUGGAUUAAGGUGGUGGGUCGAACGCCAAUUUGGCCUCAAGUUCGACUGGUUCCCACUGCCCUUGUUGGACCGCCGUCCAGCUUCGGCCAAGGCGCGUCUCGUCUGGAACGUGAGUUUCAAACACCCGCAGGCAACUGGUGGGAUCCUUUUAACAAUUAUGAAGUAUGGCGGCCAUGACGUGUCGAUAUUUCUCAGUAGCCAUCAACUCCAGCGUUACAGAAGCCGCAUUCGAACUUGUGACCCGGGGAUUCUACCAACAACGAACGCUCUCCAAACUUCUUCUUCUACAGCAUCGAUGAAAUCGACGAGUUUGAAGUCUCGCUGGGACUCCGUCGGUAGAAGUUUUUCGAAGACAAUGCAGUACUGGCAGAAAAACAACGCGGCCAAGUGCCACACUGCAGCGACACAUGCUCCAUCCAGUUUGACGGCCGGGAGUCGAAAGGAAUCGUAUUUCUGCAUCGAUAAGCACUGUACAAGCAUCAGACAGACCAGCAUGUAUACCGUACCAUCCAUUGAUUCAUUGGAGAACGACUAUCAGCUUUUUCUUGCACUCCGAGAAAGUCUCACGGCUGCUCGAGGAUCUUGGCUACACCGCCUGAGCUCUUGGAGAACUUGCACAGGGGUUCGGCUCUCCAAGGUAACACCGAAAUCUGCCUGUUUUGCUCAAAACCAGUUCACCUUUCUCUUCGAUAACUGCGACUUGGUCAAGGCAUUCGAACAGGAAUUCAACGGGAACUAUCGAGAAAUAUGUAAAGGAUAUGAUUACUGUUGCUUGCCAGAUUUGGACCCCCAAGAACACAUGGAACUUAUGGCUGAGACCAUACUGCAAGGGCUCCAGGAGCCCGAGCGCGGCAGAUGCGGUCGCGCCGUUCUUGACGGCAUUCCAAAACUGCAGUCCCCCCCCGGAAUUAACAAGAGACAGUACAACUCCGGAUGGGGCUUCCACACAACCCAGGGGUAUUGCUUGAUGAAGAUCUUAUUGUGGGUAGGCGUGAUCCUGUCUCCUGGGGUCGUCUUCGCUUUGGCCUGGCUUUCGUCGGUGAAUGCCUUGGACCUGCAGAAUGCCUUUGUGCCUAUAUCUUUACUGGCGGGUCUGUUUACUAUCAUGCUAGCAGCUGUCUUGAUGUGUACAACCUGAAGGGGCUAUAGAAGAUGUUAGUGUUAUGUGAAUACUAAUGUUUCUGGUGUUCUGGCGUGGGUACUAUUGGGGUUGGUUUUUAAGUGAAAUAUUGAACGCAUUGAAUCGGU